UGAAUUCAGUGCCCCUUGCUGAAGCUGAGAUUGUACCAGCUGGCAUUGGAAGGAACUUCAUCUCUAGGGACCUUCUCGAAGCAAGUAGCAUCACAGAUGCAUUAGCUAGAAUACGCUCAGCAGAAGUUUCUGUAGGACACAGUACAAUUUAAUCGAUAUACAGAGGCGCAUGAUCUUGAUGUAGAAACUGCAUCAAGAUGCGAGUUUCAGUUCAUGAGGUUGGAACACCACCAUUUUUCCAUGCAAACAUGUAUCUCCAUCUUCAGGUUCAGCAGGUACAUGACGAGAACUCAAUAAGCAGGCAAAAAAGAGCAGCUGUUCUACCACAAGGAUCAAAAACUGAUUUCAUGUCUCUUCUAGGAGAUACAGAAGAUACAAAGUACCCCAUCUAUAUGACAGGUCCAACUCUUUAUACACUCAGCACGGCUGUAAUGAUUUGGAUGAAAAAAACACUUACAAUAAUUGAAGGAAAUCCAAAGAAGGGAAAAGUUUCUCAUGUCUUCAAUUGAUUUCGACAGCAA